UUGAUUGGGUCUCCGUGCUCCAUUCCAGUGAUUCUCCAAACUCCGCUCCGGGUUUUGCUCUCUCUUUCGCCCUCUCUCUCUCUUCCUGCUCUAUACAUCGCGUAUCCUCACUCCUGCAUUGCUGUAGCAGCAGAUGUGCACGCGCUCAAGCCCGUAUCCAGCGAUCUCUUUAUACCGGAGCAACUAAUUCUGCAGCGGAGAGUAAAAAGACGGACGUUUGCUUUUUAUUCUCUCUCUCUAUCUCUCUUUCUUCACGCGUCUGGAGUGUGUGUGCAUGUGUGUGCGUCCCUUUGCAUGCGUGUGUGUGAGUGAGUGUGUUUGAGCUGAAGAAAUUAGAGCCGCGUCUUUAUUUACCACACCUGUGAUGCGCUGCUGUCUCUGAGCAACCAAGACGCGCUGAUGGCAAAGGUACAGCGGAGGAUUCGUGUUGAAGAGGACUUAUAAAUGCGCUCAUCGCUCUGAUAUUACCAAACCUGAGCCUGGACAAGACCGCAGAUACUCAUUUUACAGACUUAAACUUGAAGCAGAAGGUGAUAAAGAUGCCGUUACACCUGAGUCCCUUUGUCCGCUGGAGAUCCGGGGUUGUACUCACAUGGAUCUGCUUCUUCUUUUCUUCGGGAUUUACCUUCGCUGGUGGAGAACAUGCAGCUACCGUCACGCAUCCACUUCCUGUGGCCUUCUCGGACCAGCUGCCUCACUUCCUGAUUGAGCCGGAUGAUGUUUAUAUAGUGAAGAAUAAGCCGGUGACUCUGACCUGCCGCUCCACACCCGCCACACAGAUCUACUUCAAGUGCAAUGGAGAGUGGGUUCAUCAGGACCAGCACCUGAUCGACAGAGACGUUGAUCCUGCUACAGGGCUGCCGGUGAUGCAGGUAAAGAUCGACAUCUCCAGACAGCAGGUGGAGAAGAUCUUCGGUCUGGAGGAUUACUGGUGUCAGUGUGUGGCCUGGAGCACUACAGGAACCCAGAAGAGCCAAAAGGCUUUCGUGCGCAUCGCCUAUCUGAGGAAGAACUUUGAGGAGGAGCCUCUUGGUAAGGAAGUUGCUCUGGAUCAGGAGCUCCUCCUGCGCUGUCAUCCUCCUGAAGGUGUUCCUCCAGCAGAGGUGGAGUGGCAGAGGAACGAGGAGCUGAUCGACCCCAAGACUGACCCCAAUUUCUUCAUCACCACAGACCAUAAUCUGAUCAUCAAACAGACCCGUCUGGCCGACACCGGCAACUACACCUGCGUGGCCAAGAACAUUGUGGCCCGACGCAAAAGCUCCUCGGCCACUGUCAUUGUCUACGUGAACGGUGGCUGGUCCACGUGGGCCACGUGGUCGUCCUGCAGUGCUGUGUGUGGGCGCGGGUGGCAGAAGAGGAGCCGCAGUUGCACCAACCCCACACCCCUGAACGGCGGGACGUCCUGCGAGGGCCAGAGCCUCCAGAAAAGCGCCUGCACUGCCACCUGUCCAGUGGAUGGAGGCUGGAGUGAGUGGAGUAAAUGGUCUCCAUGUGGAGCCGACUGCAGUAUGUGGAGGAGCAGGGAAUGCACACAACCAACACCCGGCACCGGUGGGAAAGACUGCCAGGGCCUGGAUCUGCAGUCACUGAACUGUACCAGCGAACAAUGCCCGCAGACGGCGUCGGGUGCGGAGGACGUGGCUCUGUAUGUGGGUAUGGUGACGGUGGCUCUGUGUCUGGCUCUGCUGCUGGUGGUUCUGGUUUUGGUUUACCGCAGGAAGAAGGAGGGUUUGGAUGCAGACGUGGCCGACUCCUCCAUCCUCACCACCGGCUUCCAGCCCAUGGGCAUCAAGCCCUCCAAGCCAGGUGUGUGGGCACCGCGUAGAGCCGCCCGCUGCAAAAACUCUCACCUUCUGACCAUCCAGCCGGAUUUGACCACCAGCACCAGCAGUUAUCAGGGCUCGCUGCGCUCUCGGCACGAGGUUUCUAGUAAAUUCUCCAUGAGUAACGGCCCGCUGCUGGAUCCGCUGCCGAACGGAUCACACACACUGCACAACGGCAAACUCAGCAGCGAUGCAGAUGACUUCAUGAGCAGACUUUCCUCGCAGACUUACUUGAAGACGCUUCCCAGAGAAAACGGAAACACCUCGUACGGCACUUUCAACUUCCUGGGCGGACGACUGACGCUGCCCAACACGGGAAUCAGCCUGCUCAUCCCGCCAGAGGCCAUUCCCAGAGGCAAGAUUUACGAGAUUUACCUCACUAUUCAGAAGAAGGAAGACAUGAGGCUGCCGCUGGCGGGCUGUCAGACGCUGCUGAGCCCCGUGGUGAGCUGCGGACCGCCCGGCGUCAUGCUCACCCGGCCCGUCAUCCUCUGCAUGGACCACUGCUCAGAUGCCUGCCUGGAGAACUGGGCCAUCCGGCUUAAGAAGCAGUCGUAUGAGGGCACCUGGGAGGAUGUUCUUCUGCUGGGUGAAGACUUGCUGUCGGAGCCGUAUUACUGCCAGCUGGAGGCAGAGACGUGUCGGGUGUUCACCGAGCAGCUGGGUCGCUUUGCUCUGGUCGGGGAGUCGCUCAGUAUGGCUGCUGCUAAACGGCUGAAACUGCUGCUGUUCGCUCCGGCCUACUGCUCCACGCUGGAGUACAACAUCCGCGUCUACUGCACUGACGACACACAGGACCUGCUCAAGGAGGUGAUGCAGAUGGAGAGACAGCUGGGAGGUCGACUGAUCGACGAGCCGCACGUCCUGCUCUUCAAAGACAGCUAUCAUAACCUGCGUCUGUCCAUCCAUGACAUGCCACACACACACUGGAGGAGCAAACUACUGGCCGGAUACCAGGAGAUCCCGUUCUACCACAUCUGGAGUGGUUCUCAGAGGACUCUUCACUGCAGCUUCACCCUGGAGAGGCAGAGUCUGAGCACCAGUGAUCUGUCCUGCACGCUGUGUGUGUGGCAGGUGGAGGGAGAAGGACAGAGCUUCAGCCUCGACUUCAACAUCGCUAAGGACAUCAGACCUCUGGACUCAGACUUCCUGCUGCUGGAGAACUGCAGCCCGGCACUGGCCGGCCCAAGCGCUUUCCAGAUCCCCUACCUGAUCCGACAGAAGAUCUGCAGCAGUCUGGACGCCCCCUGCCCAAACGGAGCCGACUGGAGACUGCUGGCCCAGAGACUCAAGCUGGACAGGCACAUGAGUUUCUUCGCAUCCAAAUCGAGCCCCACAUCAGUGAUUCUGGACUUAUGGGAAACGCAGCAUUUCCACAGCGGCAAUCUGAACCAGCUGGCGGCGGUGAUGGCGGAGAUCGGCAAACAGGAGGCCAUGAUAUUCCUGGUGUCAGACGGAGAGUGCUGACGCUUUCAGAGAAACACCACCAACAGGGUUUAUCCAGCGGGAAACACACAACAAAACCUGGCCGGCCUUCUAGACGUACUGUGACUGAGACACACACACAAACACACACGGCCCUUUCCAAAACACCUGUAUAGUAAAAACCCCCGAAUCUGUGACCAACACGUCCUUUUCUGACCGUCCGCAUCUUAAUGUCAGACUGCAAACUAAAGCGUAGGAAUAUUUUGCCAACAGAUUCAGAUUUGAGACAUGCAUUUUGUAAAUGUUGCGCCAUUUAGCAAUAUGCAAACACGCGUAUCGAUGACAAUUUCCUUUGGCCGACACGUUAUUUCCUCUUACCUCACAAAAGCAUUUAAGAAUUCGCUCAAUUUCAGGACGGAAAGCAUUGUUUGUUUGGGUAGAGCCAUCGCUUGUGCACUCAACAGUGUGUUCAAAAACCCAUGAAGCCAUAAAGUCCAAAUUCACUUCGAUGCAAAGAAAAGAAAAGGAGCGGCGAGACGAGCGAUCAGGGACGUUUUCUCAUCGCUUUUGCAGCAGAAAAUAAACGGGGUCAGAUCGCUUUUUUUUUUUUUUUUUUACGCAUCAAUGAGAAAACCCCCCCCCGUCCCAUUUUGGUGGAGUUUUGAGAACACACGUGGUUUAUACGCAGAAAAUGCAACACUACCAAAUGUCUGAUUGCGUUUCUCCUUCAUAUUCGAUGAAUCUGUUUCUCUGAAAGCCAUUUUGCCUUCGGGGCAGAUUUUUAAUCUUCUAGGAAAGGAUGUUUUCUUCCCUUCCCUUAAAAGCAAACGUCCAUCAGCGGUGUGCGAUGUUCAUCAUGUGGGGUAAUACAGCCAUCGGUGUUUUAUCGAUGUGCAAGCGAACACAAUGUGGUAGGAAACUAUGGAGACAGAUUAGACUCAAUAAUAAUUCACGCAAAAGACACGAUGUACACAUGCGUA